AUGUCAGAGAAGACUCCCCUCCUUCACUACCGACUCACCACCGGUGGUGCGGAGCCGACAGACGGUUCCAAACACGGCCGAGCCAAGGUGGCCAGGGCCGGGCGAGGCUCCGGGGAGAAGCCCGCCCGGAAGCUCGGUGUGGUGUUCGGAGUGGUCACCCCGACUCUGCUGUCCAUGUUCAGCGUCGUCGUGUUCCUGAGGAUAGGUGAGUACGAGGAGGGACUAUUCAACCACUCACGAUUUGUUGUGGGACAAGCAGGGCUCUAUCAGUCUAUUGCCAUGUUCCUGGUGGCCUACAUGAUUAUCACCAUGACUGUGCUCUCUGUGUGCGCCAUCUCCACCAAUGGAGCUUUGGAUGCUGGAGGUGCAUACUACAUGAUCAGCCGAGCCCUGGGUCCCGAGUUCGGUGGGAGCAUCGGGAUCAUGUUCUUCUUUGCCAACGUGUGUGGCAGUGCUCUCUAUGUUUUGGGUCUGGUUGAGGCUAUUAUGUCUGUCUUUGGCAUCCCAGAAGAGGGGGGUGCAGCUUCUGCAGGUCCACUUCAGGUGCUGCCUUCAGGAUACUUGUGGUCUGUGCUUUAUGGCACUGGCGUGCUCUUCUUGUGUUUCCUUGUCUGCUUGGUGGGAGCCCACAUCUAUGCCAAAGCCGCCUUUAUAAUUUUCAUCAUAGUCACAACAGUGCUUGUGUCCGUUUUUAUCAGUUUCUUCAUUGCUAGGCCUGUUGGGGUGGUUUUGCCAUCUGUUAACAGCACCAGCCUGACGAUAGCCAAUUUUACUGGAUUCCGACUCCACACCUUGCAGAGUAACCUUUUGCCCAAUUACACAGUGGACUACACCACCGGUGCCAUGAUGAAUUUUGCCACAGUGUUUGCUGUCAUGUUCAAUGGUUGCACUGGAAUAAUGGCAGGCUCCAACAUGUCGGGUGACUUGAAAAAUCCCAGCUAUUCUAUCCCAAGAGGAACAAUUGCAGCUGUCCUCAUAACGUUCAUCACAUACAAUCUGCUGAGUCUUCUGGCUGCUUGGUCCUGUGACCGCUGCCUGCUCCAAAAAGACUACAGUUUUCUGGGAGACAUCAAUAUAUGGCCUCCCAUGGUGACAGUCGGUGUUUACUCCUCCACUUUAUCUGCUGCCAUGAGUAAUCUGAUCGGAGCUUCCAGGAUCCUUUAUGCUUUGUCCAAAGACAACCUGUUUGGUGGCCUCCUGGCUCUGGCGAGGAAAACAUCUCGGAGUGGGAACCCCUGGGCCUCGGUGCUCGUGUCCUGGCUGCUUGUACAGGUGGUGCUGUUUGCGGGGAAAUUGAACACCAUAGCUGGUAUUGUAACCAUCUUCUUCUUGUUGGUCUAUGCUGCCGUGAACCUGGCCUGUUUGGCUCUUGAAUGGGCUUCUGCACCAAACUUCAGACCCUCAUUCCGGUGUUUUACCUGGCACACCUGCACACUGGGCAUCAUUGGCUGCUUGGUCAUGAUGUUUCUGAUCAAUGCAAUUUAUGCCUUUGCCAGCAUAGCCUUUAUGCUGCUGCUCUUGAUGCUGAUCCACUACUUUGGUCCCAUCAGCAACUGGGGAUACAUCAGCCAGGCUCUCAUCUUCCACCAGGUGCGUAAGUACCUGUUGAUGUUGGACGUGCGUAAAGACCACGUGAAGUUCUGGAGGCCCCAGUUGCUUCUGAUGGUGGCGAACCCUCGCAGCUCUACGGGUCUUAUGACUUUCAUUAAUGACUUGAAGAAGAGUGGCCUCUAUGUAUUGGGACAUGUGAAGCUGGGUUUACUAGACGGGCUGCCCUCUGAUCCUCUGCAAAGCUGUUAUGAAUCCUGGCUGUCUCUAGUAGAUCAUCUAAACAUCAAGGCAUUUGUCAACCUCACCCUGGCGGAUUCUGUCCGACACGGAGUUCAGAACCUGCUUUUCAUUACAGGAUUUGGUGGAAUGCGGCCAAACACCAUUGUCUUGGGUUUCUAUGAUGACUGCACCCCACAAGACAACCUCCAAGGUAAAAUUCUUGUGUCUACAGGCUAUGGUUUGGAUACUGUCUGUCCAACCAAAGACCCGACGGAGCAGCGGUCCCCUUUCUUCCCAAGUGUGCGGGAAACGGAGGAAGAAAAAGAUCUGCAGGAAGAGGAAUACGUGUCACUGAUUGCUGACGCUGUUAAAAUGGGGAAGAAUGUGACACUGGCUCGUUACUUUGAUCAGUUCAACCGGGAGGAGGUCUUGGGUACUGGAAGAAAGACUGCAGGCCACCAAAGCAUGAUGGGGCCCUUUGUCGAUGUGUGGCCACUGAAUCUGCUUCAACCAGACAGCCAUGGCUACGUUGACAUCUGCUCGCUGUUCCUCCUGCAGCUGGCUUGCGUGCUGCAAGAGACUCGCACCUGGAAACAGGCAAGACUCCGCCUCUUCCUGUGCGUUGAGGCUGGUUGCAGUAUGCAGGAAGAGGAGGAGACGAAGCUCAGGGUGAUGCUCAAGAAGCUAAGAAUCUCAGCUCAGGUGCAGAUGGUGACUUGGGACGAGGUGGUGGCGCUGCACUGGCAGAGACAAGAAGGGCGGGAGACAGGGAAUCUGGCAGAGUGCGCGCAGAGUGAGGUGAAAAUGGAGCAAGAAGAAAGGGCUCAAAAGCAAGAUGCCAAUGAAAUGUUCCCCAAUAAUGCUGCUCAGCUCACAGAAGAAUACAUCUGUGCUGUCAACAAUCUGAUUCUCCGACACGGAGCCCCUAGACCUGCUGUGCGUUUCCUGUAUUUGCCACGCCCACCUGCAGACAUAAGCCGUUACCGUGCCUACCUGCACCAGGUGGACCUGUUGAGUCGAGACCUCGGCCCAACAUUGCUCAUUCAUGGAGUCACUCCUGUGGUCACUACUGAUCUUUAGAUUUUUACCGUCACCUCCAUCACUCAUCUUGAUCCUGCGUCGUUCCUCCACGGAACUGCUUUUUGCUACCAAUUCACCAGAUAUUUAAGCUGUCAACUACAGAUUCUAAAUGGAGAUCACAAGCCCGAAAAGCACUUGUACUGAUAAUAUUUUCCCUUAGUUCAAUAUCGGGCCACAACAUGGAUGUGAGGAGUUUACUUCUGUGAUUACUAUGUAUAAAGGUUUUCCACUUUUUGCGGAGGAAAAGUUCAUGCAAUUCCUUCCCUCCCUGAAGUAUUAGUCCUGUGCUCUUGUUUAUCUCUCCUUGUACAGUUUAAACAUUGGGGCUGAGCUUUGUUU